GCCGCCUGCAGCUGCGGGAUGUUGUACACCAUCCUGCCGCCCACCCCAGACCAGAACCUGACGUACUUAAUUCCUCCAUUUCUGACCACAGGAGCUGUAGCACAGACAUUGGUGCUUUUGGCAACGAGAAACUCCACCAGUGUCGUGUCCUACAGCGCCAACACACCAAUGCAUGAGAUAGCCGGCACAGCCAUCUUCUACCGUCCGGGCUUACUCAUCUCUCUGAUCCCAGAGGCAAACUUCGGCGCCUGUUUUGUCGUGACAGCCAUCGCUGACUUCGUGAACUAUGCGGUGAUUGUGGUCCAGAAGAGUGCCGCUGAUGGGGUUCGUGUUGGAAAUGAUACUAUAUCAAAUCCAAACUGGCAGGACCUGCAGGGGACAAACUACACCUCUACCAGCAUUUCUCUGCCAUCGGGUAAACACGUCAUCUGGCAUUCUUACUCCAAAAUGGCUGUCUACUUUGCUGGAAAGAAUAGGACAACUAUAUUUGGGAAUCCAGCACCCAUCAUCAGUUCAACCCCAGAUUUCAGGGGCUGCGCAUUGAUUCCUGAGGUUCUACAAGUGGGACAAAAAGCCGACGGCUGGCGUGAAUCUCUGAAGAACUGCAAAGAAAACAACCUGGAGCUGAUAAGCUUGUCUAAAAGAAUCUUCCAGAAACAAGUCUAUGCCAAACUUCCCCAGACCAAUUCAACCAGUAACAACAGCAUGCAGGAUGUGUGGAUCGGCAUGAGGAGGCGUUCCCUGAAUGGGGAGUGGUACUGGUUGAAUGGGGAUAGUGUCAUCGAGACCAACUGGGAUCAGAAUGAGCCCAGUGGGGAGGAUGGCGGUCAGUGUGCCAUCAUGAGUGUGGUACAAGGGAAGGAGUUUCGCUGGAGAGAUGAAGAAUGCUGUACAGAUGCUCAUCCUAUCUGCUACAAAAAGCCAACCCUUCUUCCCAUAUAGGACAAAAGCACUCCAAAGCUAAGCAGUGAGACACUGACAUCUCUGAAGUUAUGCUGCAUGUUAGCACCGGCUAAGCCAUUACUAUGACAGGUUAAUAUAUAUAUAUCCAUACUGUAGCUGCCAUUCUCUGUUAUUCAUAUUUUUAUGGCACUGUAGGAAAAACAGGUCAAAAUGUUAUUCCACUUAUAUAUACCAUACUAUGAUAUUAGAGUAUGUGCAUUUCAGUUUAGUCAAAGGGUUUUCUGUUCUGUUGUUAGUAGCAUGAAGUAAAGGUGCAGAUUGCUCUGUGCUCUCUGUCAGGCCCGUCCACAGCGGUCCCUGCGAGUAAGGAGUUGUUCCUGUGUUCUCCAGUUCUCUGCAGCCAUCUGACAAGCAUGCUCCACAGUGCUGUAGAUACCUGCGAUGACAA